AUGAGCAAGAUCGCGCAGGCCUCCAAGGUGGCGUGGCACGUGGUGGACGCCAAGGGCCAGGUGCUCGGGCGACUGGCGUCGCAGCUCGCGCCCAUUCUGCGCGGCAAGCACAAACCCACGUACGCCCCGAACGUCGACUGCGGCGACUACGUGGUGGUCAUCAACGCCAAGGACAUCGUGCUCACGGGCAACAAGUGGAACAAUAAGUUAUAUCGCUGGCACACGGGUCACCCGGGCGGCCUCAAGCAGCGCACGGCCAAGGAGCUGUUCGAGCGCAAGCCCGAGGAGGUGCUGCGCAAGGCUGUGUUCGGCAUGCUGCCCCGCAACCGCAUGCGCGCGCUGCAGGACAAGAAGCUCAAGAUCUUCAUGGGCGAGGAGCACGACUUCGUCGCGGAAGUGGGCGAGAACCCCGUCAUCCUGUAG